GAGCUCUCUCUCUCUCACUGUGUGAAUGCAAGUAAGCCGGCGAGCCAGUUAGCGACCGAGAGGAAGUGUGUGAGGGUGAUAGGUGCAGAGUGUGUGCUUGAUGUGUGCGUGCGUGCGUGUGUGUGUGUGUGUGUGAGAGAGAGGGAGAGAGAGACAGAGACAGAGAAAGGCAGUUGCACUUUGUGUCGGUGCAGGAAAGAAAGCCAGGCAGCCGGUGCAGUGCUUCACAUCCUGCACCCUCCUCUGCCUCUCCGACGACUGAACCACUACCGGGGACUCACUCUGUGGACUAUUCCGACGGCUUUCCUCUCCACUCGCCUUUGAAGGGAACACCUGUGUGUGUCGAGAGAGAGAGACAGAGAGAGAGAGCGAGGAGACUCCGCGGACUUGGCCCCUGAGAGCAGGGCGGGUGGAUGACUUCAGUGGAUGAGGGUUUGGUCGGUGGAAAGAGGGAGCCUGCUACUGAACAUGGGCUCCCCUCCGUAGUUGACGGGGCUGGCGAGGAGGAGCAGGUCCUCCCGGUCAUCAUGUGCUCUCGGACCUCUCCUGACCCCGUCCCCGAGUGCCAGUUGUUCCCUGACGAGUUGGAGGAGUCGGAGGAGGGGGUAACAGAAGAGGGCAAAGAGAGGGAGUCAGACAGAGACAGUGCUGUGGAAAGCUCCCAGGGGUCUGACUCUUCAGAGGGUCUCACCAGACACUUGGACAAGGAAGACACACUGGGAGAGCUCUAUUUCUCCGGGGACAAGUGUGCUCAGGCUAGUAUCUCUAUAACCUCCGACCUUUCCACACGUUCUUCUGCCUCAUUGAACGAAGAGCAAUUUGAGGACUACGGUGAAGGGGAGGAACCAGAAUACACUCCCAGCAGCCCCUCUCCAGACGACGAGACUCGGACUAACGGUUACUCCGACCUCGGCUCGUCUGUACCCUCAAGCGCGGGUCAGACCCCUCGGAAGGUACGUCACCAGUACGCCGGCGAGCUCAUGGACGUCUACUGUUCCCAGUGCAGCAAGAAGGUCAACCUGCUCAAUGAUCUGGAUGCUCGGCUCAAAAACCUCAGGGCUCACAGUCCCAGCAGAAAAAUCUCCAGCACUGCCUUUGGAAGGCAGCUGCUCCAUAACAGCAACCUCAGCAGCCGCAAUGGCAGUACAGAAGACCUUUUCAGAGACAGCAUCGACUCCUGCGACAUUGACAUCAACGAGAAGGUGAGUUCUCUUGAGAAGAAGGUAGCUGAACUCGAGAAUGAGAUUCAGAUGAAUAGUGACCUGAAGUCCAAACUGAAGCAGGAGAACACACAGCUAGUACACAGGGUAAAUGAGCUAGAGGAACAGCUGAAGGACCAAGAGACUCGUGCAGAGCAAAAUUUCCAGGAGGAGUUAAGAAGACACAGAGAAGCCUAUAGCAAAAUGGAAAGAGACAAGAACACACAGAUAGAGCUGCUGACCAGCCGUAUUAAGAAUCUGGAAGAGGAGAACAGUGAGAUGUCUGCUAGUAUGUUUCGACUCAAAUCUCAGACAGAGAAGCUUGAUGAGGAGAAACAAAGGAUGACAGAUAAGCUGGAGGAUACCAGUCUGCGGCUGAAGGAUGAGAUGGACCUGUACAGGAAAAUGAUGGAUAAACUGAAACAAAACAGAGAGCAGUUCCAGAAAGAAAAAGACGCCAUGCAGGAGUUAAUAGAGGACCUGCGUCGAGAGCUGGAGCAUUUGCAGCUGUACAAACUGGAGGCGGAGAAGCCCGGUCGGAGCCGCAGCUCCUCGUCUGGACUUUCAGACUUUAACAGCAGGAGCAGAGAGGUGGAGCUCGAGCAUGAAGUUAAGAGACUGAAGCAGGAAACCCAGAAGUUGAGGGAGCAGAAUGAUGACCUGAAUGGUCAGAUUCUUAGCCUAAGCCUCCACGAAGCCAAGAACCUGUUUGCCACCCAGACCAAGGCUCAGUCUUUAGCUGCUGAGAUAGACAGCGCCUCCAGAGAUCAGUUGAUGGAAGCCCUGAAGGAACAGGAGGACAUCAAUUUAUGCCUGCGGCAGUACAUGGACAAAGUUAUUCUGUCCAUCUUGGACCACAACCCUUCCAUUCUGGAGAUAAAGAACUAGCAGUCGCCUAUCUGGGAUGAAAAUCAUCAGUCCAAUGUCGAAUGGUUGCCAGUUAUCUGUUCUGGGAAUCUGUGCAGGAGGACAGCAAAGAUGAGCAGACUCGGUUUGUGUAAAUGGACCUGCUUUGCCCUCUGCUGUUCGUUCCGAGGACGUUUUCUCCCCACGGACUAAUAUUUGGCGAUUGCAUUUUGAGGGACUUUCCUGAGUGAGCGAAUACUAAACAACUGAUGGUUAUGCAAAUGUGA